UUUCUGCGUAGCACACACACACAGCCGUCAAGAUGGCGGCUCCCAGCAAAAGUUUUAGUAUUUCUGGUGCGGACAGCUUCCCGAUAAAUUCAAAGGAUGAAACGCAACCUGAAAGUUGUGAUGUGACGAGAGAUACGGAAAUGGUUCGCAUUGUGAAGAAGGUUAGUCCUCGUCACGACGACAGUGAUGAGGACAGCGAGUUAUCGAGUCCCAACCUGAUGUGGGAUAAUGUGAAGUACGAUUUAGACCCCGUCACUGAGAAGGACACUGACGGGGUAGUACAGGAUUCUAGGAUUACGAAGGAACUGUCGUUCGAAAGCGAGAACGUGUGUGUAUCGAGAUCGACGCCUCAAGUCAACUGUCCCGAAAAAAUUGUUGUGUGUAUCGACCUCUGCUCGGAGAUGGAAGAUAUUCCUUUCACUUUUUCUGAUGGGUCCAAGCACUCUCCACUGUUUCUUGUUAAGAGGGUAGUCGAGUUAUUCGUCCAUAACAAGCACAAGAUUGACAAACGACACGAGUUUGCUCUGGUUGUUUUCCAUGAGCAACCUCUGUGGAUAAAGAACUUCACAAGUGAUCCAAAGGAGAUCUGCAACUUCUUAGAAGACUUGCAUGAGACAAAGGAGUGUGAAACUUGCGACUUGACGUCACUCUUCAGCGUCAUUUCCGAAAACACUGUGUUCCCCGAGAUGAAAAAGUGCGACACGCCGGUUCCUCCAUUUUUGGUGAGGACCAUACUGAUCUACGGCCGUUCCAACACGGUGCCGGUCGUGCACAGCAGCAUUGAGACGUUGAAGUUGAAGAUGCAGUCACAGUAUUUCUUCCUGGACAUACUCUACAUUCACGAGCCUGUGUCUGAGAACAACCGGUGUCAGGAAAUUUUUGACUCUUUCAUAGACUUAGAUGAGCAACUGGCAUCGUACGUUUUUGAGGUGUCCCGCAAUGCCACCAAACUUCACAACUGCAUGGCAAAACUUUUGUCUCAUCCGCUGCAACGGCCUCAUCAGCACCUGGCUCACUACAAGGUUGAUAGCUCAAACUCCGCGUCACCGAGCUGAAGGAGGAAGCCCCACUUUUUUCUUUUUUUCUUGUUAACUGCAGAAGGAAAGAGAAGGUACCAAAGCAUAUGGACAAACUAGAGCCAAAGUGAUGUGUGCAAGUCUGCAAUGAAGAGGGAAGAUGACAAGUAAGCAAGACACGAGGAUAUUGAUGCGAGUGAAACUUUACUUGCUCAGCUUAGGUUUUUUUACAGUCACGUAAGUUGAACGUAAGGCAAAUUUGUGUUUUAUCCGUCCACCUACUACAGCAGCCCGCAUCGAGCUAUUUUUCCAUGCUUAAGAAGUUUUUGCUUGGUGUUAUGGAAAAAAAAAUUAGCGUGGUGGCAAAGGACAUUUUGACAGUGCAUCAUGCCAGUAUGUACCUUGAAAGGUGGAUGAGUGCAUAAUCUUGCCAGUACUUAAACCUUAGCUGAGUUGAUUUUUUGUUUUCAGUGUAAAUAUUGCAAUUUGCAACAUGAUAUAUGAGUUUUAUAAUGUCCAAAGUUUGUUUUUGCUGUUACUGUCAUGUGAAACCCAACCUCAUGCAGCACUGUUUGACAUGACCAUAGAAUACAUAAAGGCUUGCCCCUUUUUUUAUAAGCCUUUGUAUUUCACGCAUUAGAGGCACUACGCUUAAUUUUGCAUUGAAGAGCUUAAUGCAGCAAACAUGUUCGAUAGAAAAAUAAUCUUUACCCGACACCAAAGAUUCUACUAAACUGGAUGCAUCUCACUGUGGAAGGAACGCACAAGGGAACUGGCCUCUCUGGCACGAUGAUUAGUAAAAUAGAACUGUUAGUUUCGCACCUAACUGUAGUACUUGAGAUUCUAACCAGUAAAAUGAUUUGUGCUACUCGUGGGUAGAGGCAAGGUUUCCAGGGCAGAGCUUUCCAGAAUUUCAUUUUGUUUAAAGCAGCAACAACUGUGCGCGUGGUGCAAGCAGCCGAGUUCCGCAAAACAACAUGCUUGGGGGAAAAUGCAGCCCACACGGCAUUCGCUUGACGCUGCAAAGCUAACCACGCCCAAUGUUAUAACGUACCUGUUGUUGUUAUAAAGUACUUGUUUCAUUGUCUUCUUAGCUGCCACAGUAUGCAUCGACUAAUUGCAAUGCGGUGAACCACACCAUUUUUUCAGUUUCGAACCAAUUUGAAUCAAAUCUCGCCGUCGUCGUCUUGGCUUUUUCAACGUCCGCCAUAUUUGUGUCAAAACCUACUAACGCGUGAGCAGCUUCAGUAAAGUUCUGAUUACAUUUUGCAACGACAGAAAAGAUGUGCUUGCGUGUUUUGUACCAUAUUAUGAGUUGCAGCACCUCUAUGAAUAUUUGCUUUAGCUGGUGCACACUAACGGCAGGAGCCACUUUAAUGUAGGAGAGAUAAUCGCAGUGUGGCUGUGCUUGGGCACUUAACAGGGGCACUUAACAGGGGCACUGAAAUACAGAAUUAUAUUCUGGACAACUUGGAAGGUGUGUCGACAGUUACAGCAUAAGACUUAAGACUCUAAAACCCUUAAUGUUUGCGAGUUGUGUUGCGUUAGCGAAUGUUGAUGUAACCUGCAAAAUUUCAGGGGUUUUACAAUAAUACGUUCAACGUAGAAAGUAGGUUCGUAGUCCUCGUGUAUCGAAAUACCAUUGAGAUGUGGGAAAUGUCCAAGAAAGCCUGCCUCUAGUCAUGAGGAAGGAAAAUAUUAUUAUGAAUCAUCCAGACAUCUCAGGAUUUUGUAAACUGCAGCGUGUACCCUCUUGUCAGCCUUGGUAUUGGUAAAACAGGGAACUUUUAAAAUGCUGCAUUAAUGCUGCGCAAGCAGCAGCGUGAAGCCUGAACAGCUGUGGUUGUAUGAAUGUAUGUGAUAUUUUGCUUCAAUCAUCCCUGCAGGACAUUUAGUUGAUUUAAUCUUUUCCCUUCGGUUUUUGCCCCCCAUUGAAGUCUUUCCGUGACACAAUCUUUUUGGUGCUGAACUAGUCCCACUUUCCUCAGAGUUGCCCGUAUGCGACAGAUAUAAUUAGAUACAACUUGAUACUUUCACAGUGUAAACUUGCAUAUUUUGGCCAUGACAAGCGUACCUCGAUACCUCUGCUUUCCAGGAAAGCUUGACGUUACUACUCGUUGCAUUACAUUGUCAUUUGGACAAGCUUGUUGAAAACAAACCCUUUUUGUAUAUUGUAUGGUUGAAUAUUGAGGGUGAUGUUUGUACAAAUGUAAUAUUAUAGUUCUUCUCAAUAUGUGUUGUAAUAAAAGCAAAUAUUUCAUUGACGCA